AUGAGUGAUGAACGAGUAUUGAGAUUCGCAAAAACGACAUUACUUUAUAGUCCACCUAAUAUUUGGGAUAUGAUCACGCGCUGUGGUAGUUUUGACGAAACUGGUCAGGGUUGUAGAACAGACAAAAAUAAGAGACAUUUUUUCCCGCCGACGGAUCCCCUGAACGAUCCUCUGAAAGACACGAACAGCCUGGACGAGUUCUGUCAUAUCAAAAUAGAGAACUCUUACUCCCUAACGGAGUACCCAACGUCGCCAGGAAAGCCACGCAAAACCCUCGCGAACGAGAAGAAUAAUUCAAGUCCACUUAAAAAAAAUCUAAUUCACGUUGGAAAAAACAACGCUCAAUGGAUGCUGAAUCUCAGUCACAGAGGCAUUCCACCAAAAGUACCUCCGAUCGAAUCCGUUUUUCGCCUGGAAUGCGACCACUGCGGCAGGAAGUUCUUUCGAAAGGGUCACCUGAGAUCGCACAUGAAGAAACACAAGCAUGGCUGCAACAGGUGCGAAGAGACGUUCCUACUGAAGAAAGAGUUGAGGCAACACGUGGAAGAAAAGCACGGCUCGGUGAUCUAUCCGUGCACCAUUUGCGAGUACAAGAGCAACAACAAGUGGACCUUGAGGGACCACAUUGUUCGCAGGCACAGCACCAGCUACGAUCACGCUUGUCCCAUCUGCAACAGGAAGUUCAAGAUCAAGAACGACAUGAAACAGCACGCCAAACAGGUGCACAACAAUGGGCCACCUCUCACGUGCCACAUAUGCGGCCAGGCCAGCAAGAGUCGUCCAGCUCUGAAGGCGCACAUGAGAUACAGACAUUAUAUUCCUGAUUUCGAGUGUCACAUAUGCAAACGACGACUGACCUCUCAGAGCAGGCUGGAACAACACCUGCUCUGGCACCAGACCAGGGAGAAAGUGAUCUGCUCCACCUGUGGGAAGACUUUCGGCCACAAGAGGGACCUGGACAUCCACGCGAGGAUCCACGAGGGCAUCAGGCCCUACGUUUGUCCCGUUUGCGGGAAAGCGUUCUCGAGGAGGACUGCUCAGGAACAGCAUACGCUGAUACACACGGGCCUCAGGCCGUACAUCUGUGAUAUAUGCGGACAGGCGUUCACUCAGAAGCCAGGACUCAUCUGUCAUAGGAAACGACAUCCUGGCCCACUGCCGCCGCUACCUGUGAUCUCUGUUAGGAGGCUCAUCACCGAGUUCACUCGAGAUUUGAACACCACUGCCACGAAUAUGGACGAAGUUGAGGAUAAAAAUGCUGAUGAUGUGGAAGAAAGGAGGGUCGAGGAAGUCGAUGAAAAGAAGGUGGAAGUGAAGUGA